AUGGGAUACUUUUCAAUCCCCAUCUUCUUUGUCAUCUUCCGCGAGACCUUUGAGGCCGCCAUCAUCGUCUCGGUCCUCCUGACGUUCAUCGCCCAAGCGUUCCCGGAUCCCAUCAUCUCCAAACACCUCCGCAAACAAGUGUGGAUCGGAACGGCCUUGGGUCUGCUUGUCAGCUUGAUCAUCGGCGCCGUCUUCAUUGCCAUCUUCUAUCUGGCUGCCAACAGCGCCAAUGCCUGGUCCCAGAACGAGCUGGCUUGGGAAGGCAGCUUCUCGCUGAUCGCCUCGUUCCUGAUCGGCGGCAUGAGCUUGACAAUGCUGGCCUCCGAGUCCAAGCGCGACCACUGGAAAGACAAGCUCGAAAAGUCCCUGAACACCAACGAGAAGCGCCCGACCGUGCGGGGCAAGGGCAAAUACGCCCUGAUGCUCCUGCCCUUUGUCUCGGUCGUGCGUGAAGGUGUCGAGGGUGUUCUCAUCGUCGGCGGAGUUUCGCUUACGGACGACGUCAGGGCUAUUCCACUGGCCACCAUCUGCGGCAUCCUUUUGGGCUGUCUGAUCGGAUACAUCAUGUACAAGGGUGGCCGAAAGAUCCAGCUCAAGUGGUUCUUCAUCUGCAGCACCGCUGUGAUGCUGCUGAUGGGCUCGGGUCUCUUCUCAAAGGGCGUCUACCUCCUCGAGGCCCAGAUGUUCUCCCGCAACCUUGGCAUCUCCGAUCCCGACAAUGUUGUUGGUAUCCCUCUCGUCGACGUUCGAUCCACGCUGUGGUAUCUCAAUUGCUGCAAUCCGUUGCUCAGCACAUCCAACAACAUCGGCUGGCAAAUCUUCAACGCGCUCUUGGGCUGGAACAACGUUGCCACCAUCGGCUCUGUUGUUGGGUACUGUGCCUACUGGCUUACCUCCAUCGUCGGCUUUGCCCUGAUGAAGUUGCGUCGCAAGUACAAGGCCAAGAAGCGCCUCGAAUCGCAGCCCGUGGACACCCUCGAGCCCAACCAGAGCGACCUGACCAUCGAGAACGAGAUCGCGCCCGAGUCUACCGGCGGAAACAGACACUGA